GUAAAUACGUGUACGGUGAGCCGUUGUUUUGUUUACUUUACACUUAUUUGAAUUGUAAUCGUUUUUAUGAAGUGUUUGCAAUUUUCGGUUAAACCUAUUCACAUCCAAUUUUCAAGUGAAAUUUAUAGGUAGUCUAAAAUUUGAAAAAUGGAAGAGACAUUCAUGUUGAUAUCUUUGGUGUUGGUUAUGUUGAUAGGAUCGUUUUUAGCAGGAAAUAUACCCCUGUUUUUCGUAUUUUCCGACGAUAGACUGAAGAAGAUAACUGUCUUUGGUGCAGGGCUGUUGAUUGGAACAGCUUUAGCAGUGAUAAUACCAGAAGGAAUCAGAGCUCUGGCUAUAGAAAAACCACACAAUCACACAGCUGAAGAAGAUGAACAUAGCGAUCCUUUUAGCCCUAUUGGAAUAAGUUUAGUACUGGGCUUUAUAUUUAUGCUUCUUAUAGAUCAGAUAUUCCAAAAUAGGAACGAAAAUGUCAACGGCCCUGACAGAAUCAAUACGGCCACCAUUGGUCUAGUGGUACAUGCUGCUGCAGAUGGAAUAGCUUUAGGCGCUGCAGCCACUACAAGUCAGACUGAUGUAGAGAUAAUAGUUUUCCUAGCUAUAAUGUUACACAAGGCUCCAGCAGCUUUCGGACUAGUUACUUACCUGAUGCACUCUGGUGUCGAAAGGACCAAAAUAAGAAAGCACCUAUUGAUAUUUUCAUUGGCGGCUCCAGUGUUAACACUUAUUACAUACUUUGGAAUAGGGCAGGAGUCCAAGGAUACCCUGAAUCAUUUUAAUGCUACUGGUAUUGCUAUGCUCUUUUCGGCCGGUACUUUCCUGUAUGUAGCCACGGUGCAUGUUUUAUCAGAACUUACGCAGAACAAUCAUGAUCAUUCUUCCUACUCAAAACUGCCAACCCUAGAAAACAGCAGACCAUCUUCAGUUUUAAGGCCCAUAGAUUUGGUUAUUUUGGUGCUUGGAUCCCUAACUCCUCUGUUACUCACUCUAGGUCAUCAUCAUCAUUAACUACAUUCAGUUUUUUUUGUCUAGAUUUUCCUAAACCAGUGACACAAUUUGGAGAAAUUGCCUGGUCCCAUUUCUUAUGAAAUUUUCAAUAAUCAAAACAUUGAAGAUGAAAUUGAUAACUUUCAACUCAAAUAUUUUGGGUGGAAACAGACCUAACCUAAAAACAAAAAAUAGCUCAAAUAGUUACCUUCUUUUGGGAUUUUCUCAGUAUACACAUUUUCUAGAUGUGUUCAAAAUAUUUUGGAUAAAUAUCCAGAAUCAAUAUCUAAGAAUAUGAAUUCCAUAAUUACUUAUGUGAAUAUUGAGAUUAUAUAUACAUUUUGAGUUGAUUGAAAACAUACAAAGUUGAAGGGUAGUUCCUCAGUACUUCUUGAUUCCUUUAUAUACUUAGAUGUUCCUAG